GACGCCAUCGUCGAAGGACGCAUGAAUAUGUAUACUGUCGUCGCGAUCGUACCCGAUUGAAUUUCAACGCAAAGACGAUUUGACCGCGAUUCGUUCACACGUAACAUGGCAAUUGCAAUAUAUGCCGCAAAAUUAAUGCCAAUCGCGAUCAUCAAUAAUUGCAGCGUAGUGUCAGUGAACUUCAAUGAACUUUAGGCCAUCUUACUUGGCGGAUACUUUAUUUUCACGGUGUCGAUUAACCAAAUCAUAAGUUCACAGAAUUCAUCAAAUUCACUAAGCAAAGUUUCUCUUACCCAACGCAAAUCUGAAUCCAUUUCUGCAAUUGCAAGAACGCAAGCCAAGUAAGAACGUGUAAAAGUGGCGGCGGCCUCACCUUGCGGAUGAUCGAGAUUGAAAAUCAGUCGGGUUCGCGUGUCGAUAGACUGGGGCAAAACGAAGGCGGUAACGGGGUUGACGAUAUCGGUGGUAACAACGGGGUUGGUGAUACAGUCACCGUGACAAAGUUGAAGGACGUAGGUUCGAUGAGAAAAGAAGAGCAAGAAAAACCGCGGACUCGCGAAAACUCGCCGAAGAGCGGCGCCGCUGCGAGCGUCGCGACGCCCACAGCAGCGUCAGCGAUUCCGGUGGAGGAUGACGAGGAGGACGAGGACGAGGAGGAGGAGGAAGAGGAGGAAGACGUUGUAAUAGAAGAGGAUGAGGAAGGGGAUGAAGAAGGUGGUCUCGCAGUGGAGAGUGGAAUCGCAGUGGAGGGUGGAAUGACGAUGCAAGAAGAGAUCGGGGGUGUGUCGGUUGAUGGUGAGGGUGGGGGUGGAGGUGGCAUGGCCGGCUUCUGGAGGCAGAGCAGACCCUCCAGUCCCCGCAUGCCGCCUCCGGAGCAGUCGGAGCAGUCGAGCCGACCCAAGAGCCGGCACGAGUUACAAGCCGCGAGAUACAACAACCUCGGCUACUGGCGAGCGAGAAGAGUCACUUUUUACAAAAAUGGCGACCCCUAUUUUCCUGGCGUUGAGUUUCGAUUCAAACCUGGGCGCGAUAUUGGUUCCUUGGAAGCUCUACUGGACAGAUUGUCCCUUCGGAUGGAUCUACCUAGAGGUGCGCGACACAUCUUUUCGAUGGACGGUGAUCGGAAGCUCAGUCUUGAUGAGCUUGAAGAUGGUGCCUCCUACGUAGUAUCGAGUUACAAAACUUUCAAGCCAGCCAGUUAUGGGAAAAAAAAUAACACUUGGUACACAAGCCCGGCAGGCGGUGGAAGUAGUAGAAGCGGCGCCACCGGAACUGGAGCAGUUGGAGGAUGGCAAAGUAGACCACCAGUAGUGCCGAGUCUUAGUCGGAAAGCUUCCAUCACCGAAGAAGCGCCACCCCCUGGCGGUGGAAAGCCUUCCUCGGGUCGUGUCAUUCGUAUCGUCAACAACCAUGACCAUACUGUUCAGUGUCGAGUUCUACUGAAUCUUCGCACAUCGCAACCUUUCGAAGAAGUUCUAGAGGAUCUUGGACAGGUAUUGAAGAUGAACGGAGCCAAGAGAAUGUUCACUGUCUCGGGACAAGAGGUGAGAAGUUUCUCGCAGCUGAGAAAUGAGUUCGCAGAUAUGGAUACAUUUUAUCUGGGUACUGGAUCGGCUCUUGUUACGGCUGGUGGUAUCACAACAUCUCCGGUACGAAGAUCGAGAUCACGUGGACCACCCCCUGUUGUAGAAGAAAUUAGCCGUCAGAGAAGGGCUCGUAGCAAGAGCAGACCUCGAGCCUUAUAUAUGCCUGAUUCCGAAGUUAUACGAGUAAACGAUUAUAGUGUUGUGGAAGUCUUACGCGAAGAACCAGCCAAAGUGACGAUCAGAGGGCUUAGACGAUCCUUCUAUCCCCCUUCUCAUUUACCGCCAGUGGACAAUUCGCCACCUGAGAAAAAGUUGCAACUCGAAUGGGUCUAUGGUUAUCGGGGAACCGAUACUCGCAGAAAUCUUUGGGUUUUACCGAGUGGCGAAUUAUUGUACUACGUCGCAGCUGUGGCUAUUCUUUUCGAUCGAGAGGAGAGCGCGCAACGACAUUAUAUCGGUCAUACGGAAGAUAUUACGUGCAUGGAGGUUCAUCCCAGCAGAGAACUCGUUGCGUCAGGUCAAAGAGCGGGUAGGCACAGAAAAGCGCAAUCGCAUGUUCGUAUAUGGUCAACGGAAACUCUUCUUACCUUAUACGUAUUCGGUAUGACUGAAUUUCAAAUGGGCGUCUCAGCACUAGCGUUUUCACAAUUGAAUGGUGGUAGUUAUGUUCUCGCUGUGGAUGCCGGAAGAGAAGCUAUACUUUCGGUAUGGCAAUGGCAAUGGGGUCAUUUGUUAGGCAAGGUCGCUACCAUGCAAGAAGAUCUCACGGGAGCGGCAUUUCAUCCAUUGGACGAUAAUCUUUUAAUAACGCAUGGGCGCGGCCAUUUGACUUUCUGGAAUCGGCGGAAAGAUGGUUUCUUUGAGCGAACCGAUAUCAUUAAACCGCCAUCUCGUACACAUGUGACAAGUAUUCAGUUUGAACAAGAUGGUGAUGUCGUCACAGCGGACAGUGACGGUUUCAUCACAGUAUAUUCAGUGGAUGCGGAUGGGGCAUAUUUUGUGCGAAUGGAAUUUGAAGCCCAUAACAAGGGCAUUAGCUCCCUCGUCAUGUUAUCAGAAGGCACAUUGCUUUCCGGGGGCGAGAAAGAUAGAAAAAUAGCCGCUUGGGACUCAUUACAGAACUAUAAACGCAUUACUGAUACAAAGCUACCAGAAUCAGUAGGCGGAGUUCGCAGUAUAUAUCCGCAACGUCCUGGACGAAAUGACGGGAAUAUUUAUGUAGGAACUACGCGAAACAAUAUUCUUGAGGGUUCUCUGCAGAGAAGAUUCAAUCAAGUUGUAUUUGGCCAUGGCAGACAACUGUGGGGUCUAGCAGUUCAUCCUGAUGAUGAGGUUUUUGCCACUGCGGGACAUGACAAAAACAUUGCUCUUUGGCGAAGACACAAGUUAUUGUGGACAACACAGGUGGGUUUCGAGUGCAUAUGUAUAGCCUUUCAUCCAUUCGGCGUGGCAUUAGCGGCAGGAUCAUCUGAAGGUCAUCUUUUGGUACUUGCAGCUGAUACUGGGGCAGCUGUAGCAACCCUUAGAGUAUGCGGAUCGCCUUUAUCUUGCAUUGGAUAUAAUCCCACUGGAGAAAUUGUGGCUAUGGGUUCUCAAAAUGGCAGCAUAUAUCUCUUUAGAGUAUCUAGGGAUGGAUUUUCGUAUAAAAAGAGCAACAAAAUCCGCGGCACGCAGCCGUUGGUACAACUCGACUGGAGUUCUGACAGCCGCUUUCUCCAAACUGUUACUCAGGAUUAUGAUCUUGUGUUUUGGGAUGUCAAGGUGUUAUCAUCAGAAAAGAGCCCUUUAGUCAUGAAAGACGUCAAGUGGUACACUCACAAUUGCACUGUGGGUUAUAUGGUUUCUGGACAAUGGAAUAAUCGUUAUUAUCCACUGACCACAGUUGUUACCACCUCCAGCAGAUCAGCGGCACACGAUAUGCUGGUAAGCGGCGAUGCCGAAGGUUAUCUUCGGCUUUUCAAAUAUCCAUGCACUAAUACUAAGGCUGAGUAUAUCGAGGAGAAAGUGUAUAGUUCAUUGGUGGCCUGCGCCAGGUUCCUCUACAAUGAUCAAAAUAUUGUCACCGUCGGCGGCACUGAUGCUGCUCUGAUGCUUUGGGAAUUGGUCGAUGAAUAAAAAAUAGAAUUAAUAAAA